AUGAAGUUUAAUCCCCUCGUGACUUCCGACCGGAGCAAGAACUGUAAAAGGCAAUUCAAUGCACCUUCCCACAUUCACAGGAAGAUUAUGUCUUCCCCUCUUUCCAAAGGGCUGAGACAGAAGUACCAUGUUCGGUCCAUGCCCAUUCGAAAGGACCAUGAAGUUCAGGUUGUCCGAGGACAUUACAAAGGGCAGCAAACUGGCAAAGUAGUCCAGGUUUACAGGAAGGAAUGUGUCGUCUACAGUGAGCGAGUGCAACGGGAGAGAGCUAGUGGUGCAACUGUUGCACACUCACCCAGCAAGGUGGUCACUAGACUAAAACUGGACAAAGACCGCAAAACAAUCCUUGAACGUAAAGCCAAAUCUCGCCAAGUAGGAAAGGAAAAGGGCAAAUACAAGGAAGAAACUAUUGAGAAGAUGCAGGAAUAA